AUGAUAACAAAUGAAGUCAAGAAAUUGACUGAAAAUAUAUCGUGGAUUGUUAAAACACAAAAUAUCCAUUCAUCAGUUACAAUGAUUUCUCAAGAAAAUGCUACACAAACAGAACAGACUCAUUCUCAAAACAACAAAUUUUGUAGUUUAACAAUUCAAAAUAUUUUACAAUUUAUUUCUUCUUUAAUUUUGCCGUUGAUGUUAGGAAUAUUCACCGUUGUUAUUACUUUACAUCAACAAAAUAUAUCCAUGAAACAACGUAGAGAAGAUCAUGAAAUAGCCCGUAACCAACGAUUGGAAGAUCGAAACGAGUCUCAUCUACAGCGUGUUCAAGAACUACAUGUUUUAGCUAUGCAAUAUGAAAUUGAUAGAAAUAUGAGUAAUGAUCGUUAUAAAGACGAAAUACUUUCCACUUAUAUGAGAAACAUGGGUGAAUUAUUCGAAAGAAAUAACGGUUCACUGACAUGCAAUCCAACUGUAAAAAUACUAGCACGAGCUAAAACACUCAAUGCCAUUCGACAGCUUGAUGGUUCGCAUAAUAUGCAUGUUAUUCGUUUUCUUUUUGAAUCUGGUCAAUUAUUUCAUAAGAAUGAAUGUCCUCCUUUAGACAUCUCAACAGCAUUACUGGUCAAUCUAGAAUUUGGUAGUUUGACUAUUUCGCCUGAGAUCGAAUAUAUGAUAUUGACUGGUGUCUUUUUUAUUGAUUGUACAUUCCACGACAUGACAAUAGAAAGUGCUGACUUUACGUUGAACGAUGUUUAUUUUGCAAAUUCCAAUUUUAUGAGGGUAGAUUUUAUGAGCACUGCGAUUGAGGUGACUUCAUUUCUGUCAGCUAAACUUAAUUUGGUUUGGUUUCAGAACUCCGAACUGGAUGAAGUCAAUUUCUCGUAUGCUGAAUUAUCUCGUGUUAAUUUUUCAGAAGCUGACCUUAAAGACAUUUUGUUUUUAAAGACAGUUUUCGACGAUGUCGAUUUUUCAGAUGCUGAGCUAGAGAAUAUCGAAUUUCAUGGAGCUUUUCUUCGCAGUACUGACUUUUUAUAUACGGAGAUUUUGAAAAGUGAUUUUACAUUCUCUGAGCUCGAGAAUAUUGAUUUUUCAUAUGCAGAAAUCAAGAAAACCGAUUUUUCCUAUGCCGGUGUCAGAAAUACUGAUUUUUCAGAGUCUACUCUGGUGAAAAUCGAUUUUUCACAUUGUGCUCUCCAUGACAUUGACUUCUCAUCUGCUGAUUUAUCCAAAACGGAUUUCUUAGACUGUGAACUUGCAUACAUCGAUUUUUCACAAGCCAGACUUAAAAAUGUCAACUUUUUUCAAUCCACGAUGCUUUAUGUUGACUUUUCAUCUGUUGAACAAUUGCGCACUGUAAACUUUUCAUCUUCUAAACUACUCAAUAAUAUUAGUUUUGCAUCUAGUCGUCUUGAUUUAGUUAGUUUUCACUACGCAUUGAUGGUUGGGAUUAAUUUUUCACAAAGUAAUUGUGAAAUGGUCAAUUUUGAUUAUGCUAAUUUAUCGAUGUCGAUUUUUUCGUACGCAAACGCGCAGGGUGCCUCUUUCAAAAAUGCUGAUUUAACCGACAUCAAUUUCUCUUUUGCUAAUUUACGUAAAGCUGAUUUUACCAACACAUCAAUCACAGUUAGCCAAUUACGAAGUGCAUUAUCAAUUCGAGAUUCUCAAUUACCUGAUGGAACACUCGGUCGUGAUUCGAGCUGGAUCAAAAAUGGACAUGCCGAUUGCAAUAUUUCUUUUCUAAAUCAUUGGCAACUUCAUAAAGACAAUUAUAAUCUUACAUCUUUAUGGAUGGCGACGUUUCUCAAAAAUUUUCGAGCUAUUUUAUCUGCUCGUAUGACAAAAGGAGUAAUUAUUCAACUGACUGGAACGACUAAUAAGAGCGUAGUUCUCGAUGAACAUAUCUUAAAUUCAACACAAAUUUAG